AUGGCUUUGUUCCUUUACAGAAGGACACAUAGAGAGGAAUCAACUGAUAUUGAAGAAAGUCUUGAAACUGAUCCUGAAAUAGUUAAUGAGAAAGAAAACUUUACUCAAACUACUUAUGAAAUUGAUAAUACAGAGAUUGCUGGUGACGGUAAUCCUGAUAUUAAUCAAGAAGAAAUGGUUAUUUCGGACGAAGGUGGUGUUCCAAAUGAAGAUGAUGCGUUUUUACACGCAGACUUUUAA